AUGUCGGAAACGGAUGCGAGAACAUCAGAAGACCAGCCGCCGUCGCAGGCGCUGCCUCGAGACACGUCUGGAAGCUUCACAGACCAGUCCUACCUCACCUACAUGGUGCCGUCAGAAACCGACAUCAACCUCGAGGAGGCAUUCAGCAAGUUGCAGCCAGGCAAAUCGCUCGCAGAAUCCAUACCGCAACGCGAAACUCUCUUCUUUGACGAAACAGUGCAAGUCUUGCUCGUCCUCAAGACGCCAUGGAUGGAGGAAAAGGAGCUCCAGUCGAGCCUCCAGCGGCUCAUGAUCUCACUGGCUGCGCACGUCGUCAACAGCCCGACCGGCGCCGCCGCCGCCGCGCCGCCCUUAUCCGAGUCCAUCUACGUCGGCGCCGUCCGCGACAUUAGCGAUCCCUUCAUCGUCGCAGACGAGGAAGCCAGCAGCGACACCACCACCACCACGCAGUACCUCUAUGCCGUGUGGAAGCUCGCGGUGCCGCUCGUCCGCCCACGCAUGCGUCUGCACCGCCCGUCCGUCCUCUUCUCCGCCUCGGCCGGCGUCCGCCCCGAGCAGCCCGCCGACGGCAGCGGCGCGCGCACCGCCGGCUACCUGCAGAGCGGCGCCCCCUCGGGCCUGAACCUGCUCGAGUCCUUUGCCGGCGACCCGGGCCUGCACGGCGUGCGGCCGCGGCUCUCGGCACUGCGCGUGUCGCGCGUCGCCCCCAUCACCCGGCCACAGGACCUCCUCACGCGUCUCCGCACGCUCCCGCAGCUGCAGCGCCCCGUGGCCGCGCUCGUCCACGCGCGCAUCCGCUUCGCGCGGCCCAGCGCCGCGCCCCCCUCCAGCACCAUCGUCGCGCUGCUCGAGCUCGACUUCACUCCCGACCUCGACUGCUACGAGGCCGUCGUCGACGCCGUCGCGCUGACCACGGCCGCCGGCACCGUCGCGAGCCUCGGCGCGCUGCCCCUGCCCCUGCGCUGCGUCGCCCACGACCACGUCACGCUCGCGUACGAGAUCCGCCCGCACCGCCUCGACGGCCUGCACGCCGCUGCCCGCGACGCCGCUGCCACCGCCCACAACGCCCUGCACAUUGCCGUUUCGGCGGCCAUUGGUGUCGCGCCGGGCGUGUGCACCCCGCGCAUCGACAUGGCGUGGACCGCCAGCCUCGACUUCAGCACGCCGCUGAACCCGAGUUUUGGCGCGCCGCCGACGGAGACGGGCAUCCAGCGCGCGCACCGCCCCGCGCAGCUGUCCCUCUCCAGCGCCGCGUCAUCGUCGGCCGUCACGCCGCUCAAGUCGUCGGCCGCCGCGCGGCCCGAUGCCCUCCCCGUGCUCGAAGCCUCCGCCGCGCGCACCACCACUACCAGCACGGCCACCUCGGCGGUGCCCGAACUCGGCAUCACCAUGUCCUUCAACGCCCCGGCCGGCACCGUCCGCCCCGGCGACGUCUUUUCCUGGACCGUCUACGUGCUCAACCGCGCAGCCGAGGAGCCGCCCGCGGCUGGCAUCAAGACCCCGCGCAAGCUGGCCCUCAUCGCCAUCCCCAAGCGCCGCCGGCAGGAGCCGCGGUCCUCGCUGCGGCCGCCCUCGACGGCGUCGCGCCGCCACGGCGAGAAGGAGGUGGCCGCCGCCGUCGUCGACGACAACGUGCUGCACGCGCUGCAGCGCAACGCCGCCGUCGACGGCGCCGACCUCGUCUGCCUGAGCGCCGACACGCGCGUCGGCCCGCUCGGCCCGGGCGCCUGCCACGUUGUCGAGCUCCAGUUUCUCGCGCUGCGGCCGGGCAUCGCGGGCAUCGAGGCCAUUCGCGUCGUGGACCUGGGGUCGCAGGAGCAUGUUGAUAUCAGAGACUUGCCGACGACGGUGAUUGAGCCGCUCGCCGCAUAG